UAGUGCGUCUGGGAUUGAGAAUCACAGAGAAAAAGGACAGAGGAAAAAAGAAAAAGGAGGAAAAGAUUUGAGAAAAAUCCGACAAACACACGCCGAAAGACGGGCAUCAUGAGGUCCAAAGGCAGGGCAAGGAAAUUGGCCACUGGAGGUGGGGAGGACUUUUCUCUUUUCGCCUCUGAUGACCUGGAAGAAGUUGUGCAAGUGUCUGAUGCGGAUCCAGUCACAUUGGCCAAUCCUAAUGACCUUCCUUCCCCUGGCCUAUCGAGUGAAGCGCUUUCCCCAAUUGACUCCUCCCCCUUCCACCCAUCUUUCCACAACUCAAUGUACUUGUCAGGGGAGGGGUUCAAAUCAGUGCCUCCAGAUUUUGAAGUUCGGGAGUCGGGUCUUUCCAGAGGAAACCUGGGCGUCUGGAGCCGGAGAAGACUGGAGGCAGGAGAACAUCUUGGACCCUAUGAAGAAGCAUCAAGACACAGCCCAGAAAAUGUGUCCCAAACAUGGGAGGAGGAGCAGACAGGUUUGGAUGGGCGUGUGUUUGAUAGCAGAAGCUGGCUAAGGCACGUCCAGAUCUCUCCAUUCACCCACAAACACAACCUCACAGCCUGCCAGAUACAUGAGCAGAUCUUUUACCGAGUGGUUCGAGAGGUUCAGCCGGGUGAAGAACUCUUACUGUUCAUGAAGGCUGAGGAGUUUUCAUGCGAGACCAUGGCUCCAGACAUACACGAGGAGCGUCAGUAUCGUUGUGAGGAUUGUGAUCUGAACUUUGAGUCCGGUUCGGAGCUGUUGGACCAUCAGAAGCACGCAUGCGGUACACCGCCUUCCUCCGGCUUCAAGUUGCCCAAACAGGGUCUGCCCAACAUUGGGGAUGCCCCUGACGACCCCCUGCAUCUACACGCUCUCCCUCUGAACUUACCUCACUCUCCACAGGAGUGUAAGGAGUGUGAGCAGGUCUUUCCUGAUGCUCAGAGUCUGGACACUCACUCUCUGUCUCACUCUGAUGAGAGGGAGUAUAAGUGCGAUCAGUGCCCAAAAGCCUUCAACUGGAAAUCAAACCUGAUCCGCCACCAGAUGUCACAUGACAGUGGCAAGCACUAUGAAUGUGAAAACUGCUCAAAGCAGGUGUUCACAGACCCCAGUAACUUACAGAGGCACAUUCGCUCUCAGCACGUGGGGGCUCGAGCUCACGCCUGUCCCGAUUGUGGCAAGACCUUUGCCACCUCCUCGGGCCUUAAACAACACAAACACAUCCACUCCUCCGUCAAGCCCUUCAUAUGCGAGGUCUGCCACAAAUCAUACACGCAAUUCUCAAAUCUAUGCCGCCACAAGCGUAUGCACGCGGACUGUCGCACACAGAUCAAAUGUAAAGACUGCGGCCAGAUGUUCAGCACUACGUCCUCUCUAAACAAACAUCGGCGCUUCUGUGAGGGUAAAAACCAUUUCACAGCCGCCGCAGGAGGAUUAUUUGCCCAGGGCAUGGCCCUCCCUGGUACCCCUGGGCUGGACAAGUCAACACUAGCUGGAAUGAGCCAUGGGAGUCCCGGUUUGGCAGACUAUUUUGGGACAAACCGGCACCAUGGUAGGUUGACAUUCCCAGCAGCCCCUCCGGCAUUCCCAUUCAGUUUUUCAGGACUUUUCCCAUCAGGACUUUACCACCGCCCUCCUUUAAUCCCAUCCACAUCGCCAAUUAACGGCCCUCAAAGCGGAGAACUUCGGAAGAGUCCACUGCUGUCCUCACCCAUUCCUGGGUCACAUGACAUCUUGAAGGUUUUCCAUAAAGACUCGUUCAACGGAGAGGGAGAGGGAGUAGAGCGUCAGAGAGAAGGAUCCAUCCCCAAGCCGAGGCACAGCGGGAAGAUGAGUGACCAGUCGGAGAGUAGCGAUCUGGACGAUGUCAGCACUCCAAGCGGGAGUGAACUGGAAAGCACUUCCGGAUCAGAGUUGGACAGCGAAGCUGAGAGUGAUCGGGAACGGGUGCGAGUGCGGGAAAAUGGCAAAGGGCCGAAAAGGAAGUCUAGUGGGUUUAAUGAUGCCCAGAGCCCAACUCUUAUCAGUUCCAGUAGUAAUAGUAACACUGUUAAUGGAAAAGACUUCCCUACACUGGGGCUCAUCCAACCAUCUUUGGACGAGCACACUGCUGUUUCUGGUGCAGUUAAUGACUCAAUCAAGGCCAUUGCUUCCAUUGCAGAGAAAUACUUUGGUUCUACUGGACUUGCAGGCCUGCAAGACAAAAAAGUUGGGGCACUUCCAUAUCCUUCAAUGUUCCCUCUAUCUUUCUUUCCUGCCUUCUCUCCAUCCGUCUAUCCCUUUCCUGAAAGAGAGCAACUUAGACCUCCAGACCACAAGGGGGAGCCAGAAAGCCCUCCAGUUGAGGCUAAAAAACUUCAAGGCAGAAACGCUGAAUCACCUUUUGACCUCACCACCAUGCGAAAGGAAGAGCGUCUUGCUGCUACUUGUACCCCACUGAAACCGGAAGCUUCACAUGUAAAAUCAGCCAAUCAGGAUCAGCCAUUAGACCUGAGUCUUGGCGGACGAAAUAGAGGCAAGUGUGCGAGAGGGGAGGAGUUAAAAAAGAACCCCGUCUUUGGCGAGGAGAGGAUGGAACCGGAGCCACCCAAGGCCGACCCCUCCCUCCAGCAUGCAAGACCCACCCCUUUCUUCAUGGAUCCCAUUUACAGGGUUGAGAAGCGAAAGAUGAAUGAUCCCUUCGAAGUCCUUAAGGAAAAGUACAUGCGACCAGCUCCCGGAUUUUUGUUCCACCCACAGUUUCGCAUGCCUGAUCAGAGAACAUGGAUGUCAGCGAUUGAGAACAUGGCCGAGAAGCUAGAAUCUUUUGGGUCUUUGAAGCCAGACAGCGGUGACAUCAUGCGUUCCGUUCCCUCCAUGUUCGACUUCCGUGCUCCGCCUGCCACCCUUCCUGAGACACUGUUACGCAAGGGCAAAGAGCGCUACACCUGCAGAUACUGUGGCAAGAUAUUCCCACGCUCAGCCAACCUUACAAGACAUCUACGGACACACACAGGAGAGCAGCCUUACAGAUGUAAGUACUGCGAUCGUUCAUUCAGUAUUUCAUCAAAUCUUCAGCGUCACAUCCGUAACAUCCAUAACAAAGAGAAACCUUUCAAAUGCCACCUCUGUGAUCGCUGCUUUGGCCAACAAACCAACCUGGACCGGCACCUCAAAAAACACGAGAACGGUAAUUUAUCAGGAACAGCAAUGUCAUCACCUCGAUCAGAGCUGGACAGUGGCAUUGCCAUUCUAGAGGACAAGGAGGAUUCGUAUUUUAACGAAAUACGAAAUUUCAUCAGCAACACAGCACGGAACACCACGUCUCCGUCGCAUUCGGAGGAAGGGUUGAAUGGCAGUCAUUUUGAUGGCGACAAGGCCCUGCCUGGCCAGGGGUCACAAGACCUGGAUGAGGAGGAAGGGGAGGAGCUUGGAGGAGAGGAAGAAGAGGCGGAGCAAAGCGACAGUGUCAGAAAACCCAGCGAUGAGGGUGUGUCUAGCAGUCUAGACCAUGACAUCAUAAACGAUGACAUCGAUUUUGAGGAACCAGAUGAUCUGGAGAUGAAUAGCAAAUCUUCACCGCAAAGGUUUAAUGAAGAUGAGGAUGAUGAAGAUCAAAGUAGUUUCUCCACGUUGGAUCACAUCCGCCACUUUAGUAUGGAGGAUGGGGACCUCAGCGAUGGUGAUGUCAGCAGUUUUGGCCCCACCCACCUUCAAGAAGGAAUUAAGCAGCCGCUGUACAGGAAGUCUAAGUCACAGGCAUAUGCAAUGAUGUUGUCUCUAGCUGAUAAGGAUCCACUCCACUCGUCUACCCAUAAUUCCUCGAUGUGGCACAGUUUGGCCCACACUGCGGAACCCAGCGCCAUUCAGUCUCUCAGUCACGUAUGACACCCCAGUGUACCAUGUGACCUAACUUAACAACAGUGUGUUGUUACACUACAGCCAGAGUCUCUGGUUCUCACACAUACAGAACACUCACUUGCACAAGUGCCCAUAUCCUCAUAUACACCCAUAUGCACCCUGUGCAUACCUGUACACUAUCCCAUAUACACAAACAAAUUGUUGAACAACUGUUUGAUUGACAUUUUGAUUGAUUGAUUGAUUGAUGGAGUACAGUCAGUAGCAAUGACAAUAGUUUUGGUCAUUUUGAUGGUGAUGAUGAUGAUGACAAUAUUAGUAAUACAUAAUAAUAAUAAUAAUUGUAUUUAUUCUGUCAAGUUUCAAUGUUUGCACAGCAGUUGCAGCUGUUGAACAGUUUUUAAGAUUGCUAUUGAAACGUUGGUGUCAUAUUUGUGAGUUUUGUCCGCUAAAACAGAUGGUUACUAAGAGUAACAGCUGAUAGUCUUCCACCAGACAAAUGUGAUUCCAGACUAUUUAGGCACAAAAGCCUAUCGGCCUGUAAAUAUAUUAGAAUUAACAAUGUCACACACAUAAACAGACACACAAAACGCAAAUACAGACAAAUACAAAAAUGUGUUUUUCAAGCAUUUUAACACUUACUUUUAGGUCUUGUAAAAAAAAACGUGCACGUUUACAAAUUUAUUGGGGGGGGGGGGUUGGCAGAGGGGUUAGCGGUUUUCUUUUAAGAUAUUAUCAAGGAGUUUGUGAAUUUAAAACUUAAACACAAAAAAAGGUGUGACCUUUAGACCUAACUGACACUGCUUUUAAAAAGGUGUAAGGAGCGAGACAUCAAGUUCUUUCCAAUUGAAGCACUGCAUUUCCUUCAACCCACUUUCCCGCCAGUUUAUGCGAAAACAAACUUUUUAUUUUUUAAGGAGGAUGAGCGCCGCGGUUGUAAAAAAUAAAGAAAUAAAGAAAUAAAUAAAAACCAAGGCUAGGAAAAUCUCUUUUAUGUUUUCUUUUCUAGACUGAGAAAAUAAACAAGUAGAAGAACUGUACAAUUUGUGAGAAGGGCAUUUUAUCGUUUCCACUGCAACCCUUUCCAUUAGUUGGCGAACGAUACCACUAAAUAGCCUGAAUGCUAGUCUUUAGCUGCACCAUCCCACCGUUGUGUGUCUUUCAUAUAUAGACAAUCAUGGGUUCCUUGUGUUUUUUUCUCUCCCUUGUCAUUUGUUUUCUGUCUUUAUUUUUUUUGGUUGAUGUUGUCAAUGUUAUUGCUGUGUAUCAUGAAAGUUGUAUUUAUUUCUCUGCAAACUGUAGUUUGUUUACUGAAUAGCACUGCUCUCAAGCAUCCUCUUGUGGUGAAAUGAAGAAUUUCUCACAGAAAAUUCGGGGGAAGAGACUCCACGCUCUACUGGGGUUUGUAGAAAAUGUCUGAAUGCCAGAUAGUAUUAAACAAACCAUCACAGCUUAUACUUCUAAUAAAAUUUGUAAGUGAUAUAGAUAUUACUUAAGGUUUUUUUUUAUUUUUAUUUUUUUUUGUAUUACCAUUUAUUGAUCAACUGUAAAAUAUAUAUAUAAAAAUGAGAAAAUACAGAAAAAAAGGAAAGAAUAAAAACAGUUGAUAUUAUUUCUUCAUAAAAACACAUGAUUGGUCCAAACUGUAAAUUACAUUUUCUAUGGUUGUCUGCAAGCUUGUGUGAUGUUUCGGUCCAUUUUGAUUUCUUGUGCCAAACCUAUGACAAUUGCCAGAUUUUGUUUACCCUCACGAGGUGAAGGACCAGAUCUUUCCUAUUUCACUUUUUUGGUUUUUUAUUUUGUUGAUGUUUAUAAUCCCAUUUUUUAAAGUAAUCAGUGAGUUGAGGUACUUCUGUUUUAAUGCUUUUUACAAUGUAACUGUAUUGCAUUAUAAUUCAAUACUGUUGGAGGAGUUACUGACAAAUAAAGAACUCCUGUGUGGGCGGACUG